AUGCCCCAAUUCGCCGGCAAAGUCGUUAUCGUUACUGGUAAGUCUUUUUUCUACACAUUUCAAAGAUAUUCUUACAAAAUUAUCAAACUAACUUCGACAUAAUGUUUUAGGAAGCUCCAAUGGAAUCGGUCGCGAAACGGCCAGGCAUUUUGCUGCGGAAGGCGCUCUUGUGACGAUUCAUGGAAGAAAUGAAGAAGCCCUGGAGGUAUUGCUUUUUAAUAAAAUGAGUUAAAACAGUGAAAAAGUUGUUAUCACAAAAAAUACAUUUGUACAACCAAUGAAAGAAAAUAAAAUAAAAAUUCCCCUUAAGCGGCGGAAUACAAUGUAAUUAGUUGACACUGGCGCGCGCUAUCCUUAUUUUUGAUAUUUUUACGCAAGAACUUUUCAUUUUCUUCAUUUUCUUCUAUUUUCUUUUCUUCUCCCCUUUUUACCGAGUGAUAAACUUUCAGCAAGCCAAGAAGGAGGUUCACGAAGCUGGUGGUAAUGAUGUUAUCGUUGUACGCGGAGAUGUUCGCGAAGACAGCGUCCAGAAGAAGUUGAUUGAGGAAACCCUCGCCAAGCAUGGCAAGAUAGAUAUUUUGGUGACCUUUUUGGAAGUUUCUUGGAGUUUCUAUUUGUUUUUUUCAGGUCAACAACGCAGGAGGUAUGGUUGAACUGUGCCCAAGAAAGGGAUUUGAGCAAUCUAUCGAGGAUUUCGACUACAUUAUCGGCUUGAACUUGAGAUCGUUAGUUUUUUUUUUCGGUGAGUCUUUUAAUGUCGAGAGUUUUCAGAGUUUUGUCUUUGACGAUGCUGGCCAUGCCGCACUUGAUCAAGUCGCAAGGAGAAGUCGUUAACGUUAGCAGCAUCGCUGGAUUGAACUUUGGAGUAAGUUAAUAGUUUGAUAAUCCAGAAAACAAUUAAUAAUUCAGGCGGAAAGUGUUCCAUACUACGCUAUCGCUAAAGCGGGUCUUGACCAGUUGACCAGAUCCUUGGGAACUCACUACAUUAAGCAGGGAGUUCGAGUUAACAGUGUCAAGUUGGUUUCAAUUUCCUUAUAGAAAAAGAAGAUAUAUUAAGCCCUGGAAUGGUCCGAACAACGAUCAUGAAGAAGCAAGGAGUUGACAGCGACCUGCAGGAAAAAGGUAAGGCUUAUCAAUACAUUAUUUUAAAUUUUUUUGAUAAUUUAUCUCUUGUACAUAUUUCUGACAGCGAGUAUUUUUAAUUAAGGAAAAAUGGUGUCAAAGUUUAAUAAAGUGGAGUUCUUUGAACAAAUUGUAAAAUUUUUCAAGCGGUUCUCAAAAACUGCCUUCUCUCGACAGAGUUAUCAACAAAGGAGCAGAAAAAAUCCGUUAAAUUGUUCCAAAACAGCCAUUUUUCACUGUUUAAUUACCCUUCGGAACAGUUCAGAAUAUUGAAUACAAAACCCUCGAUUUCAGCUGGAGGCAAUGACUCUGGAAGAAGACUCCAACAUUCCGGAGGGUCGCGUCGGCCUCCCGAGCGAUAUCGCCAAGGCGAUCGCGUACCUCGCCGACCGCAACGCGUCGCCUUUCCUCGUCGGCCAUUUGCUCGUCGUCGACGGCGGCUCCCAUCUCAACAUGCGACUCAUGUCCACCAGCAGCAAGAAAUUCGCCGCGUUGGGCAAACAAAAGCAAUGA